ACCAUUGCAUAGCAUACAGCUGACUCAUGUGUUUCAUACAAUGGAACCAGAGAUUCUGUGGAUGUCACAUCAGGUAUAAAACAGGCUGCAGACCGGCAUAGCUAUAGCAUCGCUCUAAAUAACCAUAAACAUGCAGGGAAAGAUCAUCUUCUACGAGGACAAGAACUUCCAGGGUCGCUCCUAUGAGACCAGCCAGGACUGCCCUGAGCUGACAUCCCACCUUAGCAGGUGCAACUCCUGCAGGGUUGAGAGCGGCUGCUUCAUGGCCUACGAUCGCAACAACUACAUGGGGAACCAGUACUUCAUGCGAAGGGGCGAGUACCCUGACUACCAGCGUAUGAUGGGUUUCGAUGACUGCAUCAAGUCCUGCCGUAACAUCCCCAUGCAGCACAGAGGAAACUACAAGAUGAGGAUCUACGAGAGGGAGAACUUCGGAGGUCAGAUGCAUGAGAUGAGCGAGGACUGUGACUCCAUCCAGGAGCGUUACCGUAUGUCCGACUGCCAGUCCUGCAACGUGAUGGAUGGCCACUGGCUGAUGUACGAGCAGCCCCAUUACAAAGGCAGGCAGAUAUACAUGAGGCCUGGAGAGUACAGAAACCUCAGAGAGAUGCAGGGUUACAAUGGAAUGAAGUUCAGUUCCAUUAGAAGGAUCACCGACUCCUGUUAAAUUAUCAGGCCCACCUGUUCAGUGAAACGGUUGACUUUUAAAUAAAAAAUUAUUAUUUAA